GGGCGGCGGGUCGGGCGCAUUCGCCGCAGCCGGCUCCGCUGGGGCUGGCAGGGACCUCCGAGGCUGCGCCCUGAGGAGCGGCUUAACGCGCAAUCCCGUCUCUUUUUUUAUAUAUAGAGAUAUAUAUUUUUUUUUCCCUUAUUUUUUUGUGGGGGGAGGGUGUGCGUGCGCAUCUGCCCAGCCGGCGGGCUGCCGCUGCCCUCAGCGGGCCGGGGCGGGGGUGGCCGGGGCCGCCGGGGCUCGGGCCAUCGUGCGCGGCGAUGGGCUUGGUGGCCACCGGUGGGUGGGAGGACGGUGCCCGCUCGGCUCUGAACCCCCGGGCGCUCCCGAGCGGGGCGGGGAGGUCUGUGUAGGCGAGGGGCGCCGAUACCACCCCGUUUGAUUUUUAUUUUUUCCUCCUGUUUUUAAAUUUUUAGAGGUGUAGGCAGAUAGGGGCUCAGGUGUGUUGUUUUUUUUUUUAUUUUUUCCCCUUAUUGCCUACAUCGGCUUGUUUCCCCCCCCUCCCCCGGUUUUCCCCCCCGCCCCUGAGGUGGGAAAUUGGGGUGUCUGAAUAAUUUUUUUAGCUUAGUGGUGAAAUUGCAGCGGUUUCUGCCUCCUCCCGUGUGCUCGAGCGAGGAAAAUGGAGGCUGUGAUAGAGAAGGAAUGUAGCGCGCUCGGAGGGCUCUUCCAGACCAUCAUCAGCGACAUGAAGGGGAGUUACCCAGUGUGGGAAGAUUUUAUAAAUAAAGCUGGGAAACUGCAGUCUCAGCUUCGGACUACAGUAGUAGCAGCUGCUGCCUUUUUGGAUGCCUUUCAGAAAGUGGCUGACAUGGCUACUAAUACACGUGGUGGUACCCGAGAGAUUGGGUCUGCGCUCACCAGGAUGUGUAUGAGGCACAGAAGUAUAGAGUCCAAACUCCGUCAGUUCUCAAGUGCUUUAAUUGACUGUCUGAUAAACCCACUUCAAGAACAGAUGGAAGAGUGGAAGAAAGUGGCCAAUCAACUGGAUAAAGACCAUGCAAAAGAAUACAAAAAAGCCCGACAAGAGAUAAAAAAGAAAUCGUCUGAUACACUGAAGCUACAGAAGAAAGCAAAGAAAGCUGAGGCUCUGGGACGGGGUGACAUUCAGCCCCAGUUGGAUAGUGCUUUACAAGAUGUCAAUGAUAAGUACCUGCUGCUUGAAGAAACCGAGAAGCAAGCUGUCAGGAAAGCGCUGAUCGAGGAGCGCGGUCGAUUCUGUACUUUCAUCUCGAUGCUGCGACCUGUGAUAGAAGAAGAAAUAUCAAUGCUAGGAGAAAUAACCCAUUUACAAACCAUAUCAGAUGAUCUGAAAAGUCUCACCAUGGAUCCACACAAAUUGCCAUCUUCAAGUGAACAGGUAAUUUUAGAUUUGAAAGGUUCUGAUUACAGCUGGUCUUAUCAGACUCCUCCAUCCUCCCCCAGUACUACAAUGUCCAGAAAAUCUAGUGUUUGCAGCAGUCUGAACAGCGUUAACAGUAGUGAUUCCCGGUCCAGUGGCUCGCACUCGCACUCACCUAGUUCACACUAUCGCUAUCGCAGCUCCAAUCUGCCUCAGCAGGCACCCAUGAGGCUGUCCAGUGUGUCCUCCCAUGAUUCUGGAUUCAUGUCCCAGGAUGCUUUCCAGUCCAAAUCGCCAUCCCCCAUGCCACCAGAAGCACCUAACCAGAAUUCGUCCAGCUCUGCCUCUUCAGAAGCCUCUGAAACCUGCCAGUCAGUGAGCGAGUGCAGUUCCCCCACCUCAGUCAGCUCAGGCUCCACCAUGGGGGCUUGGGCCUCCACAGAUAAGUUGUCUAAUGGGUUUUAUCACUGUAGUUUAUCAAGUGACCCAUCCGUAGCUUCAGUUGGUGCAGGUCCUUUCCCUCAUUUCCCGCCUGUCUCCCGCGCGUGGACUCGGGCUCCCUCAGCCCUCCUUCCAGACUACGUUCAUUAUUACACCAUUGGGCCAGGCAUGUUACCAUCAUCUAAGAUCCCUAGCUGGAAGGACUGGGCCAAACCAGGCCCAUACGAUCAGCCAAUGGUGAACACAUUGCAACGUCGCAAGGAAAAGCGCGAACCAGAUCUCAAUGGAGGAGCUCAGAGCGGACCACCCGUGUCCCCUGAGGAGGCCCAGAGACCUCGGAGCAUGACGGUGUCGGCUGCCACAAGGGGUGAGGAGAUGGAGGCCUGCGAGGAGCUGGCGCUCGCUCUGACAAGAGGGCUGCAGCUGGACACCCAGAGGAGCAGUCGGGAUUCCUUGCAGUGCUCCAGCGGCUACAGCACCCAGACAACAACUCCGUGCUGUUCAGAGGACACGAUCCCGUCUCAAGUUUCAGAUUAUGAUUAUUUCUCUGUGAGUGGUGACCAGGAGGCAGAACAGCAAGAGUUUGACAAAUCUUCCACCAUCCCAAGAAACAGCGACAUUAGCCAGUCCUAUCGCAGAAUGUUUCAAACCAAGCGUCCUGCUUCCACCGCAGGUCUACCAACCACGCUUGGACCGGUCAUAGUCACCCCCGGCGUCGCCACCAUCAGACGGACCCCUUCCACCAAGCCUUCAGUCAGACGCGGCACCAUCGGGGGAGGCCCGAUUCCCAUCAAGACGCCGGUGAUUCCUGUCAAAACACCAACUGUCCCCGAUAUCCCAGGGGGGCUGCCUGGCGCCCUCGCCGGGACAGAAGAAUGUCCCGAGCAAAGUCCCGAGUCUCCGGCAGCGGGAGAUGGCGGGCAAGGUGUCACCAGCAUGCCCUCAUCCUCAUGGAGCGGACAAGCAUCCGUCAACCCUCCGCCGUCAAGCCAGAAACUGAGCGCUGGUGACGAGCAGAGGCAAGCGGUCCCUGAGAGCGAGGGGGAAGACGGCGACCGGGAUGGUGUCAGCAGCCUGGCGCCCGCCGGCCAGCCGGAGCUCGAUCCCGCGGAGCUGAGUCCUGGGGACGCCCCCCAAGGUGAAGACAUGCUGAACGCCAUCCGGCGCGGCGUCAAACUGAAGAAGACGACCACGAAUGAUCGCUCAGCACCUCGUAUUUCCUAGGAGUGGAAGAGCUGCCAGAGUACUCAGCCGCCGAGAAUGAACUGUGAGGAAACUAAUUUGUCUCUGUCCAUUCCAAUCUGUAAUCAAUGAAUUUUUUUAAGAUACUCGGUAACAGACAGUCUGAAAGUACUCUAAAAGAGAAAAACAAGGUGAAAGAGCGUAGUAAGACAUAAUCUUCACUGGUGUUUUAAUUUGUAAAUAUCAAUGAUUUCGUUUCUGCAUUUUUUUGAUCUAAGUUACACUUUUAAUUUUUUCUGAAGGUGCCAAAUCCCAUUUACCUUUUUUAUAACUCUCUUUGUAAAGUUUUAAAUCAUAGGAGAAAAAAAAAAAUGUCGAGUAGUUAACUUCAGCAAAGGGAUUUAAUGAAAAUUUGGCUUUUUUGCGAGCUUUUGUAGAGCGCCUUGUAAUAGUGAGGUUAAAAAAACAAAACAACGGGACUUAUUUUGAAGUUUAAGUCGAACUGUAAGGAACAGAUCCUCGUUUAAGUAUUAAAAAAAAUAAAUGUUUGCAAAGCGGGAAUAACAAUUGACAAUAAAAGCAAUAUAUAAUGCAAGGAAGAAACCUGCAGUUGGUAGAGUAUUUGGGGGGUAGUGGGGGGAGGGAGAUGCCGUCAAAAUAGCAGAUGCUGUUGCACAAAAGUAGCCUAGUAGGAUUAAUUACUAGUAGCUUCAUGGUAAAUGCAUCAGAAUAAGCCAUAUUGGAUUGCAGUGUUUUGUUUCUGUAGGGUGUUUUAAAAGACUGGGUUUUUUCCACGUUUCUUUUCCGACUGCACAGCCGCAACUCUCAGUCACGUGCAUGCAGCCUGAGCUCCGCGGGCUUGGUCCUUCCGCCCUCGCUUUCCGUUCCGCUCAUCCUUUCACUGAGUACAAACAAGGACGACAGGCUUCAGGCAGUUACAAAUGGGACAACGUUUUUAAAACGCAAGCAGGGAGUUCUUAGAUAUUAUCAAAAUGCCUUUUUCUGACUUGUGCCCAGCAGGCUGGGCGCCUUGGAAAGCCCAAAUAUUUUGAGAAAAAAAAAAAAAAUUAACAAUUUGACAGGUGUAACCAGCUUGUGAUCUAACAAACUGCGAAUGUUUCUUUCCAAUACAGGGGCUUGUUUUUCUUAACUUCUUCUAAAUGGCAGUUGAUUGGCUUUUCUUAAAUACCGAAAAGAAAGGGGUGGGGGGUGGGGGGUGGGGAGAGAGAACUCUUUUUUUGAUAAUACCGGGAACCUGACCACUACGUUCUCUUUUUUUGUACUUUUAAGUCAUGUUUUUUGGAACGCUGUUGAUAGAAUUAUUAAGAGUUGGAUUUUUUCCUUAAAGUAAAAGUAAGUUAUUGCUGCAAUACCCGUCUCCUAAAGCUGAUAGAAAUGUGCAGACCCCGGGGCACGACACGUGUUCCCACCCGACAGUCCGGAGGGAUGCCGUCCGCCCGCCCGCAGCAGACCCACGCGUGGACGGACGCCAGGCUCCCGCAUCCGGGAUUGUUGAAAAACGCACCAAAAAUUACAUAUUAAAGGGGCUAGUUUCCACCACGCGCUCUGCAGAUUUCUGUUGGCUCUAGACUUGCCUCCAUAAACCUCUUAUGCUUUAAUACAUAACUGCAUUGGAUGUGAAUCUUCUAGUAACUGUGUAGUCGCUGUGUUCUAUAUAACAUUUUACACUGCUGUGGUUGCUAACUUUUUUUUUUUUUUGUUAUGGCUUAGAAGCAAAAAUAAAAUAAAAAAAAAAGCAUGAUUCUUAGAAAAUAUUAAACCUUCCUUUCUUUGAAAAACAAGCUCCUUAUUACAGAAUA